UCUUGUUUUCCUGGACAGCUCCGUUAUGCGAUCCGCUCUGUACACCUGGAAGCCCGGUACUUCUGCCUGCCUUUGCCAUUGUUAGUUCUGGUAAACUGUUUUGGUGACUGUAAAAUCGGUAACAAUCUGCAAGGCAGCUUUUUUGCCAUGGUGACGUGUCCUUUUGAGUAUUAAUGAAUGACUUUGGUUCCACUCACCAGCCAACUCUGAAAUGUUACCAGUUUUUUUCUGUUUGUUGUUUUACAGUGUCGGUGUUUAGGAUUGUGCUGGUGGGGAAGGAUGGCGCCAAAAAGACAAAACUUGCUAACUUCAUCACUGAAGAUCAAGGAUUUCAUUUCAAGAUAGAAACAUCAGUCCAACAAUGUGUGGCCACCAGUGGAGAGUGGAGAGGCAACUCUGUGAUAGUAGUAAAAGCCCCAGACAUGUUCAGUCUGUCUGAGCAGAUGGUGAGAAGCCAAGUGAAGAGCUGCGUGCGUUUGUGCCCACCAGGUCCAGAUGUUCUGCUGCUAGUGAAACCCUCCAAGUUCAGCGCAGAGAACAAACAGAGGCUGGAGUUCAUCCUGAGUUUGUUUGCUCCAGAUGCUUUUAAACGCUCACUGGUCGUCAUGACAGACAAGGAGAGUAAACAAAGUUCCACUAUGAAUCAGCUGCUGGAAGAAUGUGGAGGACGACAGUACAACAUGUUUGAAAGUCACCGUGAACAAUUAAUGCAGAAGAUUGAGAAGAUUGUGGAUCAAAACCAAGGAGCCUUCCUCUCCGCUGAGGAGCCCAUGAGACCAAAACCAGCUUUAAAUCUGGUUGUGUGUGGGAGGGGAGGAGCAGGGAAGACCUCAGCAGCCAAGGCCAUUUUAGGUCAGACAGAGCUUUCCUCAGUAUCCAACUCCCCAGAGUGUGUUAAACAUCAGGCAGAGGUGUGUGAAUGUCGGGUUUCCCUGGUGCAGCUACCUGCCUUGUAUGGAAAACCUCUGAUAGCCGUGAUGGAGGAAUCACUCAAGUGUAUCUCCCUCUGUGGUCCUGAGGGCGUCCAUGCCUUCCUCCUGGUCCUACCUGUGGGUCCCCUCACUGAUGAUGACAAGGGAGAGUUAGAGACCAUCCGGGAAACGUUUGGCUCUCGAGUCAGGGACUUCACCAUGAUUUUGUUCACUGUGGAGUCAGAUCCUACAGCUCCAGCUGUUGUUGACUUUGUAAAAAAGAGCAGAGACAUCCAGGAGCUCAGUCAGAGCUGUGGAGGAAGAUGUGUUGUUCUCAGCAUCAAGGAGGGGCAGCAGGUCUCUGAGCUGCUCCGCACUGUGGACAUGAUCAGCACUGAAGGAUCCAGGUGCUUCACACAGGACAUGUUCUCCAGGGCUCAGAUGGAGAAGUUUAUAAAUCUCAAAGCUGAAUUGAGUCUAAAACAUAAAAAUGAGAUGGAAACCACUGACAGAAUUCAGAGCAGAGAGUCUCUCAGGAUGGUGCUGAUUGGGAAGACUGGCAGUGGGAAGACUGCAACAGCAAAUACAAUUUUGGGUGAAACACAUUUUAUAUCUAAACCCAGCCAGAAGUCUAUCACCAAGUUUUGCCAGAAAGCCUCAGGAGCAAUUGACGGGCAGCCUGUGGUCGUGGUUGACACCCCUGGCUUGUUUGAUACAACUCUGUCUAAUGAUGAAGUUGAAGAGGAGCUGGUGAAAUGCAUCAGCAUGUUGGCUCCUGGACCCCAUGUGAUCUUAUUGGUGCUGCAGAUCGGUCGAUUCACACGGGAGGAAAAAGAAACUGUGGAGCUGAUCAAGAAAUAUUUUGGCAAGAAAUCAGGAAAUUACAUUAUUGUUACAUUCACCAGAGGAGAUGAACUAAAGGAUCAAACAUUUGAGAGUUACCUGACAGAAGACUGUGAUGACAUUGUCAUAAAACUGUUACAUGACUGUGGAGACAGGUACCAUGUCUUCAAUAAUAAUGAUCUGAAGGAUCGUACUCAGGUCAGCGAGCUGCUGACAAAGGUCAGGUCCAUGGUGAAGGAGAACGGAGGCAGCUGCUACACCAGCGAGAUGUUCCAGGAGGCCGAGGCUGCAAUUAAACAUGAGAUAGAGAGGAUCCUGAAGGAGAAGGAAGAAGAGAUGCAGAGGCAGAAGGAAGAGCUUGAACAAAAACAUGAGGAAAAAAUACAAGCGAUGAACAAAAGAAUGGAAGAAGAGAGAGCAGAAAUUGAAGAGGAGAGAAAACUGAGAAAAAAACAACUUGAAGAAAUGAAGGAAAACAUCAACAAGGAGCGUGAGGAGAGAAAGAAGGAACAGGAAUUGAGAGAAGGAGAAGACAUGAAGAGGAAAGAGCAGGAUCAACUUAAACGACGGGAGUGGGAACAGGAACGAGAAACUUUGGAGAAAAAAAUCAAGUCAGAAUCAGAAGAAAAAGAAACAAUUGACAGAAAACUGGAGCAGAGUAGAAAAGAGAUGGAAGAAAAACGAGAAGCCUGGGAGAAGGAAAGAAAAGAGUGGUGGGAGAAACGACAUCAAGAAGAUGAAGAAGAAGACAGGAAGCGGAUAGAGCAGGAAAAACUUCAACAACAGAAGUGGGAACAUGAACGGGAAAAUUUGGAGAAAAAAAUCAAGUCAGAAUCAGAGAGAAAACAAACCAUUGACAGAAAACUGGAACAGGUUAAAAAAGAGAUGGAAGAAAAACGAGAAGCCUGGGAGAAGGAAAGAAAAGAUUGGUGGGAGAAACGACAUCAAGAGGGUGAAGAGAGACAACAGGAGGAAAAGAGAAGAGUUAGAAAACUCCAAGAUGAAUAUGAGCAGGAACGAGAAAAAUAUGAAGAGAAAAGAAAAGAAGAAGAUAAACUCAGACGAGAACAAGAGGAGAAGGAGAGGAAAGAAUUAGAGGAAAAGUAUAAGAAAGACAUGGAUGACAUGAAGAAGAGUUAUGAGGAGGAGGCCAGGAAACAGGCUGAAGAAUUCAAUGAGUUCAGAAAGAAGUACACCAAAGAUUUUGCAGCUCUGGUAGAAAAACACAUGGAGGAAAUAAAGGAGCUAAAGCUGCGACAUGAGAGACAGAUGCAAGAGACAGAAGGGAGACACAGUAAAGAGUAUGAUCUGUUAGGAAAUCUGUCGAAUCACAAAGAAAAACAACUCAAAGAAGAAAUUGAUAACUUGAAGAACAAGCAUGAUCGAGAAAUAAAAGAUUUGAAAGAACAAGCCAAGAGCAGAUGUACCAUAAUGUGAUUGACUGUCACUGCCCAGCUGUUGAUCAUCGUGACUUUGUUGUCCUAUCAGCUACUCUGCACACUGAGUUUAUAUGGUACGUAUAUGGUACUGUAGCGACAUGCAGUGCAGUGCAACAAUCUGACAGUCAGGAGUGAGUUAAUCUUUCUGGAGGACACGAUCAUUUUGUCACCACUACUGACAUAAAUGGGGCGGACAAAAUAUUAGAAACACCUUAGCUAGGUGUAUGUGUACUGGCAGCAUGUUCUCAUUCAGUGCAUUGAAUUACAACAAAUUAACCCCUCCCCUUCACAUCUCUGCUCCUAUAAAGCGUAUCUAUAUUCUGUAUGGUGGCCUGGUUCACUCUUUAGUAAUUUUAGGAGCCAGAAAUGAAACUGAGCUCCGUCAGAGCUGUGGAGGAAGAUCUGUUGUCCUCAACAUCCAGGUCAGGCAACAGAGAUGUGGGAUAUUGUGGACAAGGUGAGAGAUGAUGGCUCACAAAGGGCAUGUUCAUCAAGCUUCAGAUGCAGAGGGCUGUAGAGCUGUAAAUAUGGGUCCCGGGGAGAACCAAAAAGCCCAAGAAACACAGGCCAUAACAGCAGAACUGGCCUCUGAUGAUCUGGCAUCAGAAAUAACCUUACAAGAAGGGCUGCAGGAAACUAUUGAACAAAUUGUCUCUUUUCAGUUAGAAUUCCCACAAGAACAGCAAGAGGAGCGGGGAGAGAGAGGAAAAUAAAAUGCUAUGGCAAAAUGCAUAAAGUAGAC